AUGGUGGAAAUGCUCUCUCAAACAAUCCCUUUAAUUGUGGAUGUAGAGUCCAAAUUCCACAUUCUUGCAAUGAAGUUGUAUGAGCCCUGUAUUGCAGCUCAAUUUAGUUAUAUUAAGGAAUCUGAGGAGAUUCGUCUUGCUAUGUUACCAUUGGAGUUGAUAAAGAGAGUGAGAGAGAUUGAGCAGGAUGUAUACACCGAAUCAGAAACAGCCCAGAAGAAAGACUCGAAGCAGACUGCUGCAGUUGAUCUGUCUAAAAGGUUAAAAGAUACCUGUUCCUUAAAUGACGCUGCCAGCCUGAAAGCAAUCUUAGGAUACAAAACAUGGAGAUAUUGA